GCCCCCCCGUCCCCGCCGCACUCACACACACACAGAGACACACGGUCCCUCCCGCCCCCGGUGCUCGGGGCGGUGCUGAGCGGCGGAGCGGCGGCGGGGAGCCAUGCUCUCGAGGAAGGGGAUCAUCCCCGAGGAGUACGUGCUGACCCGGCUGGCGGAGGAUGUGCCGGAUCACGCCCGGUACCGCGCGCGGGAGAGGCGGGCGCGUUUCGUGGGCAAGAACGGCGCCUGCAAUGUGGCCCACAAAAAUAUCCGGGAGCAGGGACGCUUCCUCCAGGAUGUCUUCACCACGCUGGUGGACCUCAAGUGGCCACACACGCUGCUCAUCUUCACCAUGUCCUUCCUCUGCACCUGGCUGCUCUUCGGCAUGGUCUGGUGGCUCAUCGCCUUCGCCCACGGGGACCUGGACCACAGCACGCGGCUGCAGCGGGACCCCGGGGAGGGAACGGCGGGGGCCCCGGCCAGCUUUGUGCCCUGCGUGACCAGCAUCCACUCCUUCACCUCCGCCUUCCUCUUCUCCAUCGAGGUGCAGGUGACGAUCGGCUUCGGCGGGCGCAUGGUGACGGAGGAGUGCCCGGCCGCCAUCCUGGUGCUGAUUGUGCAGAACAUCGUGGGGCUGGUGAUCAACGCCAUCAUGCUGGGCUGCAUCUUCAUGAAGACCUCGCAGGCCCACCGGCGGGCCGAGACCCUCAUCUUCAGCAAGCACGCGGUCAUCGCCCUGCGGGAGGGCAAGCUCUGCUUCAUGCUGCGCGUGGGCGACCUCCGGAAGAGCAUGAUCAUCAGUGCCACCAUCCGCAUGCAGGUGGUGAAGAAGACCGCCAGCCUGGAGGGGGAGGUGGUGCCCCUCAACCAGAUCGACAUCCAGAUGGAGAACCCCGUGGGGGGCAACAGCAUCUUCCUCGUCUCCCCACUCAUCAUCUAUCACGUGAUAGACAAGAACAGCCCCCUCUAUGACAUUUCCCCCAUGAACCUUCACCACCACGAGGACCUGGAAAUCAUUGUCAUCUUGGAAGGGGUGGUGGAGACCACAGGCAUCACCACUCAGGCCAGAACCUCCUACCUGGCAGACGAAAUCCUCUGGGGCCAAAGGUUUGUGCCCAUUGUGGCAGAGGAAGAUGGGAGAUACUCUGUGGAUUACUCUAAAUUUGGCAACACAGUGAAAGUGCCCACCCCUUCUUGCACUGCGAGGCAGCUGGAGGAGGACAGGAGCAUUAUGGACACCAUGACAUUGUCCCCUAAAAACACAAUGAGGAGGAGGUCUGUCAAGCUAAAACCCAAGUUUACCAUAAGUGAAGAGCCUUCCUGAUGCCUUCUGACUGGAAAACUCUGUUAGGGCUUUGUAUCUGAAAGAUGAUCUCAUGAACUCAAAACACUGAGGUGGCCUCUUACUUUUUUUUAAAUUCAGGUUGGUAGCACAAGGUAUGUUCUGGUGUUAUUUAUUGUGGGGAAAUCUAAAGCUAAUUAUAUUUUUUUAAAGAUGUGAGAGAUUUCAAGCAGAACUGGGUGUAGGAAAAUCAUGGUCUGCAGCUUUAAAUUUCAAGUCAGACUAUUUAAUUGCACGAUCAUUCUGCAUUGAUUCAACUGCAGGUAAUAACACAUUUUCUCAAAAAAUAAAUGUGUAUUUAUCCUCAGACAUUGCAGUUUUUAGGGUCUUGCAGUGUUCGCAAGUCAGUAGUUUUUAACUGCUUUUUUUUCUUACUUGAACAAUCAAUAUAGCAAAAAUAAAAUAUUAGUAAUUAAUAAAGUAGGCUGGAUUUAAAUUAUAACAAAAGGGUCAGACAACGUUAUGUAUGACAGAAGACCAGAUCCGGAAGUGUCUAUAUAUUAUACUCUAUGUCUCAAAGAAAUAUACUGCUGGAUUUGCAUCAUCCAUAUUGUGUUGUAUGGAGCCACUCCUACCAGAUGCAAUAUGAAAUGUAUUUGAAUAUUUACCUUUGUUUAUUUUUAAAACCUUUACACUUCCAAAAUAAAACAUUCAGGAAUACCUAUUUGGACUGUACCUUUCUGAUAGUAAGCAAUACUUUGCCUUUAAAAGGAGUAACAGAUAGUAUACAGUUGAAAUUAACUGUAAAUCAGAAAAAUUCUCUAUUUCAGUUUCUACAUGAAGAGAAGCAACAUUCCCCUCCGCCCAAGCCACACGGCCGUAGGAUACUCAGUAAAAAAAUUAACCUCUCUUGGAUCAUGGUGAAUUCUGCUAGAUAAUCAGAGAAUAAAAAUAGAAUUAGAUAUUUUAAAUGAAAGGGCAGUGCUGAAUGCUGAAAUUAUAUCUGCAUGCAGUAGGCAAAACCUUUCACUCCUUUCCCUUUUAUAAAAGAAGCUGAGGUUUUUGUGCUUAGAGGAAGGAGGGGUGUGUAAGACAGUGUGGUCACUUCUGGGAUGCUGUGUCACAAAAUAAACUCCUGCUGAGGAAACGAUUCCCUUUCUAAUUUCAUCCUGAUCUCCCUACGCACCCGGCACCUGCCUUGGUUUUUAGCUGAAUUCCAGAUCUGUCAUUUGCCAGCAUACAUGAAGGAGCCAUGUUCACCCUCUCGAUUCCACAGUGAUAACAGGAGCAAUUCCCCUUAGCACACUCCUGCAAAUCCACUAUCUGGGCACACUGGUAACAGCAGCAAUUUUACUUCUAUGCAGGGUUAUCAGGAGGUAGCUCCAGGAUUAACUACACUGCAACCAGUCACCCAGGAAAAAAAUAUAAUGUUCAAAUACAACCUAAAAAUAAGUAUUACAGAACUGAUCCAACGCCUGGUUACACAAGCUGUGCAGAGAGGCACCAAGUUAGUUUCAACUUAAAGGAGCUUCUAGUAUCAAGUCUUGUGUGUUAUGUAGUUCACAACAGACACCCAAAAUGGUUUGUGUUGGCAACAUUAUGGCAAACUCUUUAUGCCUUAUUAGUGUAACAAUAAGACAAACUCAUUCAGAAGUAUAAGAAAACUUCCAUAGUGACUACAGAAUGCUUUCAGGCAUCUGUAAUGAAACAGAACAACUUUUGGCUGAAAUCAAAUGUUGUUUUAAAAUGCUAAAAUAUUGGUUAUAUUUUUGCUGUUUGUGUAUUUCAGUUUUAUGAAGUCCUGUAUCAGCAUUAUCAGACUGCCAGUUACAGGAAUAAAUACCUACUCAGUUUCCAAAUUCC